AUGUUCGAACAAGAACAAUUUAUCUAUGAAAUUAUUAUUCCACAACGUUUAUUAUUUUAUCGAAAAUCGAUUCGUGAAAAACGCUUAUCAAAUACAUUUCUAUCUUAUCGAAUAUAUAGUUUUAAUCAAACAUUUGAUUUAUCAUUAAUUAAAAAUGAUAUAUUUUUAUCACCAUCAUUUUUUGUACAAUAUUUUAAUGAAAAUCAAACAUGGAUUAAUCGAGAUAUUGAAGAUUGUUUUUAUCAAGGUUAUGUCAAUGAAAAUCAUUUAUCAACAAUAUCAAUUAGUUUAUGUAAUGGUUUGUUUGGAACAUUUAUCUAUGAUAAUAUAGAAUAUUUUAUCGAACCUAAAUACUAUAAAAAUAGUAGUUCAUGGAAUUUUGAACAUUUAAUUUAUACACAUAAAGAUUUAUCAUUAUCAAAAGAAUUGACUAUUCAUUGUCCCGUAGAUGGUAUACCGUAUUUUGAACAACAAUAUAACUCUCAUCAUUAUCGUUCACAUCAUCUUACACGACGUCGAAAAAAACGUCAAUAUGAUUUUGAUUCUAUGGCAAAACAUGUUGAAAUACUUGUUGCUUAUGAUGAAUCAAUAAAAGAAUUUCAUUCUGAUAUCGAUAUUAAAUCAUAUAUUCUUACAUUAUUUAGUUAUGUUUCACAUUUAUAUUCAGAUGCAAGUAUUGGAAAUAAUAUUAAAAUAUGGUUAGUUAAAUUAAUCGAAUUAGGAAAAGAUUUAAGUAAUGAUAUUGAAUCAACAGGUGAUGCAGCUGAUAUAUUAAAUAAAUUUUGUAUAUGGCAAAGAGAAUACAAUAUACAAGAAACAUAUGAUGCAGCUGUUCUUCUUACUAGGAUACCAUUAUGCCAUAAACAUAUUCAACAUAUAACUGGUAAUAAAUGUGAUACAUUGGGUUUGACAGAAUUAGGUACAAUGUGUAAUGUAACAUCAAAUUGUGUUAUUGUACGUGAUAAUGGCUUUGCAACUGCAUUUACAAUUGCUCAUGAAAUAGCUCAUUUAUUUGGUAUUCGUCAUGAUAAUGAUAAAGUUUGUUUGAAUUUAAAUAAAGAACAAAAUAUAAUGGCAACUUCACUUAUAUUUAAUAAUAAUCAUUAUAAAUGGUCGAAUUGUAGUAGACAUUAUUUUACUCUCUAUGUUGAGUCUGAUCGAUACCCAUGUUUGAAUAAUAUACCAAAUUAUAAGUCAUUCUUAUUUCAAGAUUUAAAUAAUAAACAAAAAGUUGGUGAAUUACCUGGUCGUUUUAGUGAUCUUGAUGAACAAUGUCGUCGAGCAUUUGGUAUUCAUUUUGAAUAUUGUAAAGACUUAAGUCAUGGUCCAAAAUGUACUCGUCUUUAUUGUCGUGAAAUAUUAUCUGAUUCAUCAUUAUGUAUAACUAAUCAUGCACAUUGGUCCGAUGGUACUCUAUGUUCAGAAUCAAGAAGUGAAAUUAAACGUUGUUUUCAUGGUCAAUGUCGAAAUAUACAAGAUUUACAAAUAAUAAAUGGUAAUUGGAGUGAGUGGUCAUUGUGGUCACCUUGUACACGUACAUGUGGAAGUGCAAUACAAAAAUCAGAACGAUAUUGUAAUAAUCCAAAGCCAGAAAAUGGUGGUCAAUAUUGUCCUGGACAAUCAACUCGAAUACAAUCAUGUGAAAAUAAUCCACCUUGUGAAGAUUCUGUUGAUACGUUACGUCAACGUCAAUGUUCUAUCUAUAAUAAUCAUACGAUAGAUCUAUCAUUACCUAUUGGUGUACGUUUUGAACCAAAAUAUAACGUAUUACCAAAUGAACGAUGUAAAUUAAUUUGUAAAGUAACCGAUGAUUAUCUUGAACGAUCAUUUAUCUUCAAUGAUCGUGUUGAUGAUGGUACACCAUGUGAACAUGAAAAUGAAUCUCGAGAUAUUUGUAUAAAUGGUAUUUGUAUGCCAUUUGGUUGUGAUUUAAAAUAUGGAUCAAAUGCUACAGAAGAUAUUUGUGGUGUAUGUAAUGGACAAAAUCGUACAUGUAAAUUAAUUAAAGGACAAAAAAUUGUUGCUAAUUUUGGAAUAACAGAUAUAAUUACUAUACCAAUUAAUACAACACAUGUUAGUAUAACACAAAUAUCAUCAAAAAAAGAUCUUUAUUAUUUAGCAGUUAAAUAUAUAAAUGGAACAUAUAUUCUUAAUGAUUUACAUAGUUUGCAAUUAUAUAAUAUUAAAAUUCGUAUUGGUAGUGCUCGACUUAUUUAUAGUGGAUCAAAUUCUAUAAAUGAAAGUAUUUUAAUAAUUGGUCGUCUUAAAGUUCCUUUAGAAAUUCAAAUUAUUUCAAUUUCUCAAUCAGAUUUAUCAACAACAAUAGUUCAUUGGGAAUAUUAUAUUCCAUUAGAUGAAAAAGAUUUCAUUCAACAAUAUGGAGAUUAUUCAUUGGAUUAUUAUUGUGAUCGACCAUGUCAAGGUUUUAAACAAGUUAAAAAAUGUAUGAUCUAUGAAAAAGAAUAUGAUUUAAUUUAUUGUUUAAUUUUUAAAAUACCAUUUGAAUAUAUACAAGAACAAUGUAAUAAUGAUUGUAUAUUAAAGUGGACUAUAAAAUAUGAACAAACUUGUUCAACAAGAUGUGGUGAUGGUUAUAAACGUGUGUUAUAUGAAUGUACAAAAACAAGCUUGAGUAUAGAAUCAAUAGAUGAAGAUAUUUGUAGAAAAUAUAUUGGUGAAAAACCAAAAGAUAUUAUAUCUUGUAUUGGAGAUUGUACUGAUACAGGAUGGGUUUAUGGAAACUGGAGUAAUUGUUAUUACGAUAAAAAUUGUAUACGUAAACGAUCAAUUGAAUGUCGAAAUUCAUCGAAUUUCGUGAUAGCAAAUGAUUAUUGUACAUCAGAUUUUAUGUUUGAUAUUGAACGAUGUGCUGAAGUAGAUUGUGAACAAUCAAGAUGGAAUUUUACUACAUGGUCGGAUUGUGACUGUAUUUCGAAGCUUCGGGAACGAAAUGUUUCUUGUAUUCGUUAUGGUAAACAAGUUAGUGAUCAAGAUUGUUCAUACGAGCCUAAACCAGAUGAAACAAUAUCGUGUUUUAAUGAAUGUUUCAUACCAAAUUGGCAAACAUAUUCGUGGCAACCAUGUACGGCAACAUGUUCAUCAUAUAAAGGCAUUCGUCAUCGUCGUGUUGUUUGUUCUUAUCAUAGCUCCAUUGUCGAAGAUGAUUAUUGUGAUCAACAAUUGAAACCAAUUGAACAGGAAUGGUGUACAACAAAUAUUACUUGUUUAACAUGGUUUAUUGGUGAAUGGUCAUCUUGUUCAGUUACAUGUGGUCAAGGUUAUCAACAACGUAUAGUUUAUUGUAAUGAUCCAUCUCGUCCAUGGUUACGUAUAUCUGAUAAUGAAUGUCAAACUUUGUUAGGUGAACAUAGUAAACCAGAUGAACAAAAAAAUUGUUCAAUUACAGAAUGUCCUUAUUGGCAAAUAAGUCCAUGGAGUAAUUGUUCAGGUAAAUGUGGUUUACAAAAACGUUAUCGAUCUAUAUUAUGUUUACAUAAUGGACUUGAAAUUGAUAAUAAUUAUUGUUUAAAAAUCUAUAAUGAAAAACCUUCAACAAUCGAAAUAUGUAAUCAACAACUUUAUUGUCCUCAUUGGAUAACAGAUAUAUGGUCUGAUUGUUCUGUAACAUGUGGAAUUGGAAUUCAAUAUCGUUCAGUUUUAUGUAAAAAUCAAGAUCAAAUAGUUUUCGAGGACGAAUGUGAAAAUCAUCAUAGACCUAUAAUGAUGAAACAGUGUCAUAUGAAUUCUUGUCAGAAUGAUACACCCAUUUGGAUGACAAGUGAUUGGACACAAUGUGAUCUUCAAACUUGUUUACAAACGCGGACAGUUCGAUGUAUUAGUUCAAUAAGUAAACGAAAUUUAUCAAUGUUCGAAUGUACACAAAAUCAAAUUCAACCAUUAACAAAUCGUAUUUGUCCAAUAUCAGAUUGUUUAGAAUGGCGUGUAGCUUAUUGGCAUGGCUGUCCAAUUAAAUGUGGUCUUGGUAUUGAAUAUGGUUCAGGUUUUCAUUGUUAUACUCGUCAAAUACCGAUAAGAAAAUUAAAUCCUACAGAAUGUGAAUUAGUUCAACCUCAAUUAGUAAAACCAAUAUUAAGACGAGUUUGUCGAAGAAAUUGUAUUGAAUGGAGAACAGGCGGUUGGUCUGAGGUAAAGAUUUAA